AUGCGAGCCAAGAUCCGCUACGGACGGUUCUCAGAGUCCGAUAUUGACGCUGAGGACUAUGCCAACGUACUGCUUUCUCCCGCUCGUCCACGCAGGUAUCUCGAGCAAUUGGGAAUCGAGCCGGACUCUGAAUCGGGUGAAGAAGACGAGGACGGUGACAGGGACAAUGAUUUUGUGGAUAGAAGCCCUCUUCGCCGUCGGCCGCUGCAGCCCUCCGCACAGCCAAGGCGUGGCCGCCGUGGUCCUGCUCCAGGCACAGGAGGGCGGCCAAGAGGGCCUCGGAGGGGAACACGAACACGGUCGUCGAGACCGCCACGACGUCUUCGGAGUCCAGUGAUAAUUCCACCGGAAGAAUCGGCGGUCUUCCAUGCACAAGAUCCGGUGUGGAAUGGCGAUCUCGAGGCGUGCGCCUUGACCGACCGCGAUAAGGCCAUCCUGCGCGAGUUCUGGACUAAGCUUGACAAUGAUCAGAUGGAAUACUGCAGCAGAUGUCGCGAGUGUUGGUUUCAGAUGGAAAUAGAUUAUGAGGGCAUUUGCUCGCGUUGCUAUCGAAAGGAUGAGAAGCGUGGCCCUGACGAGCCUUACUUCUUCUCUGCCGAAAAUCAUCUUAACUUCGGCCCCGUGGCGACCCAAUUGCCUAAGCUCACGCCUACAGAAGAGGCAUUAAUUACUCGCGUUCACGUCCAUGUGAACAUCAUGCUAAUGCGAGGGUAA